GCACACUGGAAGAUACUGUGCACUGCAGGCGACGGGCGGGGAGGGUUGAGGGUGAGGUUGCUCCUCUGCGUGACAGUUGGGGCAGAGCUACAGGUUGUUGCUGCUUCGCUGGCACAGAUUUCAAGCUCCUGUAGUGGCAGAAACAGAGAAGAGAAAAAGCAGUUGGACUUCACUUCAUUGUGUGGCACAGAGGAGUCGAUAUUUAGUCUGUGUUUGGAGAUGACAUUGAAGAGCUGACUGAAUCGCUGGUUGAUGGAGUUUGUGCAGCGGAGUGGUGACUACUGCCACGCCCAACACGUUUAGACCCUAUGUGGGUGAAGGUGGACUAUCCCGUCCUGGGGCCCUGAACCCCAAAAGACCAUUGGACAUUGCCCUCUGAACCAGCAAGCUCAUGGGGUAACAAGCGAGGUCUCGCUCACCAGAAGAUAACUGGAGAGAGAGAGGGAGAGGGGAGAGAAAGCCCCUCAGAAAGACAAACGAGAGAAAGAGAGGAGCACAGGACAAUCAGAGAGAUAAAAACAAAGAUUGGGACACAGAGAGAACUGACACUGUAACCUGUUGGACUAUAGGAUACAGUCAACUGAUGGUGUAAAAGAGUCAAGACGACAGCACCGUGGAAUUGUGAUUAUAACUUCAACGGCUAUAAACAGGAAGUUCCACCACGGACAGGAAGUCCAAAAUCACCUGAGAACUGGUAUAAGUGGAAAACAAAGCAGCAAACUGCUACAGCUGGAGCUAAAGCUAAGGGCUAACACAUAAAGGUCAGAGGUCCUCCUGGGACGUCAAGAUCACACUGGCCACCAUGAACCGUCCAGCUCCAGUGGAACUGUGCCACAAGAACAUGAGAUUCCUCAUCACCCACAACCCCACAGACAGCACUCUCAGCUCCUUCAUAGAGGACCUGAAGCGGUUUGGUGCCACCACUGUGGUUCGCGUGUGUGACAUCACUUAUGACAAAACGCAGAUUGAGAAAGAUGGCAUCACUGUGGUGGAUUGGCCCUUUGAUGAUGGAGCCCCACCUCCGACUAAACUUGUUGAUGAUUGGCUGGGUCUGCUAAAGAAGAACUUUCAGGAGGAUCCAGGAUGCUGCGUGGCAGUUCACUGUGUGGCUGGACUGGGACGGGCUCCUGUGCUGGUUGCCCUGGCUCUGAUAGAGAGUGGGAUGAAGUAUGAGGAAGCUGUUCAACUUAUCAGGCAGAAGCGUCGUGGAGCCAUCAACAGCAAACAGCUGACCUACCUGGAGAAAUAUCGAUCCAAGCAGAGACUCCGCUUCAAAGACUCUCACACACACAAGAACAAGUGUUGCACCAUGUGAACACACACACACACACACACACACACACACACACACGCACACACACGCACACACACUUACAUUCUCAGGAAUCCAACCAUAAGCCUUGCCUCACCCGCAUCAUUAGCCCAUUAGUCUGGGUCUUUCUGAGAGUUUUUAUGGUAAUUUAAUAAGACUCAAUCUUUCUUUGUAAUGAUUACUUUUCUUUCAAAGUUUAGUCUAUUGCAUUUUCGCUUCAUUAUAGAGUUUAGAGCGAUGUAAAGAAAGAUGGGAAAGAGAUGAGGAAUGGAAAAUCCCACAAAUAUUGAGUUUUGUGGCUAAUUGUUGAGGCACAUUUGCUUCAUUAGAUAGUUCUGUUAAAAACACAAAGUUGGGGUCACGGAUAAUGUGAUGAGGUUUUUGUAUCACAUUCAAUUUUUUCAAUAAAUCAAACCCAUGGUGUGUGCGCACAGGCACACCUGGAGAUUUACUAUAUAAACCUGAUGUAUCGGCCUUCAAAACCUAUGUACAGAUGUUCAAUAUUUUUAAACUAAUCUAUAAUGGAGGAAUGUAAUUAAAUGCAGUGUUUGUGUUUCUUUGAGAUUAAUGUUUUGCUAUGAGAAACCUUUCGAAGUAUUUUUGCUAGACGAAAAACUUAAAUCAGUGAAACCCAAGAAUAACAUCACCCCAGCAGCUCAGUGUUUUUUUCAGUGUUCUCUUCUAACAUUUUUCCUGUUGGUGUCUGUUGGUGUCUGUUCGGUGUUACUGGAGAUAUAAGGGCUAGUUUUCAUCCAUUCGUACACAGCUUCUAUAACGCAGAUGGCUUACAUGAAGCCUUUAUUAGGGUUUGUCACAGUCGCUGUUUUAAUAUUGCGUCAUACACUGUGCUUGAGUAAUGUGUUUACAUAUGUGUGUGUGCAUUAUGUGUUAUGCUCUGUUAAAUGACACCCACUGAAUGAAACGUAGUGGUUAGCAGCAGCUGAUUUCACGUGAGGUUAUAUAUGUUACAUAUGUGUUAUAUAAAUAGGAAAUGUUAUUAAAUCCACUGUAAUCUCACAUGACAUGAAUUCAAGAGCAAUGUAAACUAGAUGUAAAUAAUAUUAAAAGAGGAGCCACAAAUUGUCACUUUCUUCAAUGUGAAUCUCUCCCUUCAUUCGGUGACUACGAACAAAUGUGCAAAGACCAUUAAAUCAUUUCUGGUAUUACAAAUAUUUUUUUACAUAAUGGUGUGGUCACGGAGGAACGUCUGUCACCCCAGCAGUUGAUGACACUUAGUCAAACUCUCAGUUUUAAUCCGACAUGAACGUGGACAAAUGAGACAUUGCUCUAAUUCUAUUAAAGAUGUUGCUGUGCAUUGUCACAUCUUCUAGACCAGGUUAAAGUAUCUGACACAUGUUUUUUUCUUGUGAGGUGGAGUUUACUUAUUCACUUGAUUUGUUCCUGAAUGAUUCAUGUUAACAACUGCUCCUGACACUUGUUUCAUUUUUCAUUCAGAAUUGAUUUGUGUUUUUUUUUUUCUUCUGAUAAUAGAGCAUGCACUUUUAUGUAUUAGCAGGUUGCUUAUGACAGUCACCUCUCCAUCUGAGUUAUGAAAACUCCAAAUCUCCAUCGAUUUGUGAGAAAGAAAUGAGUGCAGGGUAUGUAAAAAUAAAAGAGGCAGUAGUAAGGAAUGAGGGUAAAGACAUUUUUUACCUGGCUACAGUUUGUUGUUCUUCCUUAUAUAAUGAAUGUGUGUGUGUGCGUGUGUGUGUGUGCUUGGUUGCCUUUAGCUGUUGUUGCUCAUUGGGACUGGCCUGAGCUGACACUUCUUUAAUGUAAAAACAAAAUGCUGUAAAUGUUUGUAUGUCUGUAAAUUCUUGCAUUGUUUAAUAAAAGUUUUGUCAUUGUG